UAUUACUCUAAAAUCGAAAUGGAAAGUACAACGGAAGUGAAUUUGACAUUAUAUAAACAUCGCUUUAUAAACUUAAUAAAAGUCAUUAAAACACCAACUAAAGAAGCUAUCUGUGAUCAAAACCACUCUUUCCCCGCCCGCAUUCCUAAAGAAUAAACAACAAAGCUACCCGUUUGCGAAGUGGAUGCGUGCGAACAAAUGGACGAACUAGAGCAGGAGGACAUCGCUCGGGCACUCAUUCUACCCAGAGAGGAAGACGAACGCGUGCCAAGAAAUCGUUCCAAGUUGAAAGGUUCAAAAGAAUAUUGUCAACAGGAACAUUCAAUUUACGGUUCGUCAUCAUGUCAAAGAUUGCCGUUUAAACCCACGAUAUCCGAUUUGCAACGGAAUACCCGUGUUACGUCGACGGAAGAGGAUGGAAAUAAAACGCCUUUCAAUGGCGAACUAGCAACCAAACAGGCAUUCAUGGAGCUUGCUGCCAAAGAUGACAUACUUGUAUUGGAACAAUACGAGUUGCAAAGUGCCCUUGCACUGUCUUUACAAGAGCACACAAAAACUCAGUCGAGCGGUCGGGAGGUAUGUGGAUAUACAGUUGCCAGAGAUGAUCGUCUGAGACCGGUUGAAAGAGGAAUAGCAGAUACGUCGACGGAAGAGAAUGGGAAAGAAACGCCUUUUACAAACAAAGUCGCAACCAAACAGGCAUUCAUUAACCUUGCUGCCAAAGAUGAAAUACUGAGAGAUGAACAAGAAGAAUUGCAAUUGGGCCUUGCACUGUCUUUACAAGAGACCACAAAUGCUCGCUCAAACGGUCGCCAUGGGUGUGGAUAUUUAAUCACCAAAGAUGAUCGUCCCAGACUGGUCAAAAGAGGCAUGGCAGUUGCGCCGAAGGACCUUGAAGAGAUUGAGGAACUAAGAUGUGAUAAUUCUGAAGCCGUCGCUAGAGUCCUCCAGGAUGAAUAUGACUCGGAAACAGUUCAUUUGGAAGAAGAAGCUAUCAAUCUUAUUUCAGAAGAGGAAGUUUACUCAGAUCUCCAAAAAAAAUUGCCUCAAAACUGUAUGGGCAGUGCAAGUAUUGAGGACUCGGAAAUGGUCGCAAGGGAACUGCAGGCAAAAUAUGAUGCCGAAUUACGAGAGAUCGAAAAGCAAACCCAAUUGCUUAAAGCAGAAGAGCUUGAAAAUGCGUCUUCCGCAUUUCGACUCAAGCGCCCGGCUAGAAGAGAUCAAGUCAAAAGGAACGGGCAUUCAAGCCAGACAAGUAACGGUGCUGAUUCUGAUAAUGAAUAUCGGAGAUUAUUUAACUCUUCUCCGUUGAAAAUGUUCAGCAUGCAAGGUCCAGAGAAUGAGGUUUAUCAGGAAUCGGUUGCAGCAAGAAACAGCGCUCUUUACAAUCUGCUGACAGGCGCAAAUUCAAAUCCUCCAAUACAGAGGUUACAGCAAGACGAAUCUGUUGAAUUCCUCGAUCCAGAUGAUCUCACUUACGAGCAAAUGGUAGAAUUGCAAGACGUAUCCAGAGGUCUGUCUAACACCGUCCGAUCACAACUUCCAACCGAAAGAUACAAGCAAAACAACAAAGAAAAGUCGGAGGAAUGUCCCGUUUGCAUGGAGAAAUACGUCGAGGGAGUUCAUCUGACAACACUUCCGUGCUUCCAUUCGUACCACUCAAAAUGUAUUGACAAAUGGUUUACGGACCAUGAUAUAUGUCCAGUUUGUCGACUGGAGAUAAAGAUCAAAUCUUAGAUCGAAGAAAGACACACUUAUUGACCUGAGUAACUUCAUCAGAAAAAAAAUCUAUAAAGAGAGUGAGGAAAGUUAUAUAUCAAAGUCGAUACACUUCUGUAAAAAGGAUGAAACGGAAGAAUUUGAAUGCAGUUAAAAAUGCUCACGUUUCCUAUAACGAGCUUGAUGCACACUUUAUUAUACUUGGUUCGUUAGAAAUACAUAGCCAGUGACAGAGUUAAAUAUUGUGUAGAUGCAUUAAUAGUUGAAGAUUUAAUUGUGAUAGCGUUAAAUAUUGUGUAGAUGUAUUAAUAGUUGAAGCGUUAAUUGUGACAGCGUUAAAUAUUGUGUAGAUGUAUUAAUUGUUGAAGCUUUAAUUGUGACAACGUUAAAUAUUUUGUAGAUGUAUUAGUAGUUGAAGUUUUAAUUGUGACAGCGUUAAAUAUCGUGUAGAUCUAUCAAUAGUUGAAGCUUUUAUUGUGACAGCGUUAAAUAUAUUUUAGAUGUUUUAAUAUCGGUCGAAUCGCAACAAAUGCAAUAUCGUUGGUUCUAGAAAUGAUUUGUCUCGCAUAACGACCGGUUUGAAUAUGUAAUGGGUGGGCUGACAAUCUAAGUCUAGUAAAAAGGUAUCUCAAACUUCUUGGGAUAAUGUCUAGGUAGGACUCAUAUUCAAAGUUGAUUUUAAAACUUCGAUAAACAUCUAGCAUUGAAUUGUUGUUUAACGUCCCAUACCAGUCCUGUGUAAAGUGAUCAUAUACUCUGGGUUUAAAUUCCUCUACAAAUGUAUUAGUAUCAAUAUUAAUAUUAGUUACAUCAUCAAAUACAUAACUAAAACCAUAGUCAUAAGAUAUUGAAAGAUGAAUUUCACUUGAUUUGUAUUUGCCCGACGUUUGGUAACAUUAGAAAAAAAUACAUUAUAGCAUGUUAUUAUAUAAGACCAUCUAUGUAUAAAUAUUUAAGUUUACUGCAAACGAAUAAUAAAACAGAACUAAUUAAUAUAUGCCUUUAUGUAAAAGAAUCACUUAAAGUACGAACAUCUAUUCUAAAUGCAAUAAUACUUUAAUUGUUCAUCCUCUUUUUUCAUUUUUCUUUCUUUUCUGUUGUUGUUAUAUUUAAUUUGUAAUCACACCACUGUAUUUGCUUAGUAAAUGAUUUGUAAAUUUGUAUAAAACUUUGUUCCUAUCACAAUUGACAAACUGUACUGUCAUCAUUAUGUGUUGUUGACGAUGUACAUUGUACAAGUCGAAAUAAACUGUCUGUCUGUCUGUCUGAUGUUGUAAUAGUUGAAGCUUUGUGACGGCGUUAAAUAUUGUGUAGAUGUAUAAAUAGUUGAAGCUUUAAUUAAGACAGCGUUAAAUAUUGCGUCGAUGUAUUAAUAGUUGAAGUUUUAAUUGUGACAGCGUUAAAUAUUUUGUAGAUGUAUUAAUAGUUGAAGCUUUAAUUGUGACAGCGUUAAAUAUUGUUUAGAUGUUUUAAUAGUUGAAGCUUUGUGACGGCGUUAAAUAUUGUGUAGAUGUAUAAUAGUUGAAGCUUUAAUUAUGACAGCGUUAAAUAUUGUGUAGAUGUAUUAAUAGUUGAAGCUUUAAUUGUGACAGAGUUUAAUAUUGUGUAGACGUAUUAAUAUUUGAAACUAUUGUUUACUUGUUGUGUGUUAAAUAUGGACAGUGGUUUGUAUGCAGGUGUGAUAAUAUUAUUUUACAAUACAUUACCUCCUAUGAAAUUUCUGAGAUGUGUGUCAUACUCUGCUCAUUGUCUUGUUUUAUUAUAAAUUUCUCCACACGUGUGUUAUAAUAUCUGCUGGUUUAUGUAUACAUUAUGUAUUCAUAAUUUUGUAAUAUGUGUUGCAUAGUUGAAACACGGGUCAUUGUUGUUAAUAUUAUUAGUUUAUACUCAGCGUUAUGCAGUACACUAAUUAAUCCCACGGAAACAUCUUCAUGAUUAAUGUUUGCUUAUUUGUGCAUGGCAAGUGUUUCCUUAUUUAUGAUACAGUGUAGCUAUGUGCAUGGUCAGUGUUUGACUUCUUAUUCAAUGUUAGAAAAAUGUAUCUGAGGCGUGUCUGUCUUCCUGACUUUCGCCUAAUAUUUUAUGUAUGUUUUUAUUAAUAAAUACUGCAGUGAAUGCCAAGAAUUGUAUGUAAGGAUUUCAUAUAAAUGCAUUAUUAUUCAUAAAAAGGACGUGUAUAUAAACAAUAUAAAGGUCGAGGUCACACAUGAAUUUCAGUAUACGUGUCAAAAUAAUAUGUUUGAAUAUAGAUCUUCAAGAAAUCAAUUUCUGUGAAUUUAUAUUGUUUUCUGAUAAUGUGUUUUCUUUUUUAAUUGGAUGGAACACUAUAGGAGUGGUAUAUUUGUAUGUGUCCUUUAUUAGUUUUCUUCUGUAACAUACUAUCACUAUCACAGUAAAUUAAUAGUAUUGCCAUAAAUCUUUGCUUGAGAAUGCAUUAUAUUUCUUAUUUUUGUUGUUUCGAUGAUGUUGUCAUUUUCAAACCUUUUGUAAUAUGCAUAUCAUACAAUAAAUAAUUUCUCCUUAA